UUGAUCAUUCCAUAUCUUCCAUGCACGAAAACUAUCUCCAACAACAUAUACUCGCAUUAACAAAUCGCUGCGGAUCGAUCUCGAUCGAAAAUGCAACACCCCCUAGCAAUUCUCCUCCUAGUUUGCCUCUUCUUGUCAUUCCAUGAAAACACUUGCUCCGGUGCUGGUGCAGGAACCAGCAUCAACUACUCUAAAUCUGAUUCACCACCAGCAGCUGCAGGAAGCAACUUCUCCUCCUGCCUCGUCUCCAACGGCGUCAUCAACUUCUCGCUGCCCACGUCUCCGAGCUACGCCGCGCUCCUCAACUCCUCCAUCUUCAACCUCCGGUUCACGCUCCCAGACGUCACCGGGCCCGCCGCCAUCGUCUUUCCGCGGUCGAGGGAUGAUCUCCGGCGAGCAGUCCUGUGCACGCGCGGCAGCUCGCUGGCGAUCCGCACGCGCAGCGGCGGGCACAGCUACGAGGGGCUGUCCUACACCACGGAGAACCACGUACCCUUCGUGGUGGUCGACCUGGCAAACCUGAACCGCGUCCGGGUUGAUUCGGGCUCAGCCACUGCCUGGGCCGAGUCGGGCGCGACGGUGGGCGAGCUGUACUACGCGGUGGGGCGGUCGAGCAGGUCCUUGGCGUUCCCGGCCGGGUCGGAGUCGACCGCCGGUCUAGGUGGUCUGGUCUCCGGCGGCGGGUUUGGGCUUCUGUCCCGGAAGUUCACGCUCGCCGCCGACAACGUUUUGGACGCGGUGCUAAUCGACCCGAGCAGCCAGGUCCUUGACCGGAGCUCGAUGAGCGACGAUGUCUUCUGGGCCAUCCGAGGCGGCGGAGGCGGGAGCUGGGGCGUGGUGUACGCUUGGAAGCUCCGGCUCGUGCCGGUUCCUGCCAACGUGACCGUGCUCACCGUCGGCCGGACCGGUCCGAUCGAGCUCGUUGCCGAGCUGGUUCACAGGUGGCAGUAUGUUGGGCCCGAUCUGCCAGAUGAGUUCUAUCUCUCUGCGUAUGUACCCACCGGAUCAUCGAACGGCAAUGUCUCAGUGACGUUCCAAGGCCAAGUUUUACAGUCUAAAGAGGACGCCUUCUCGGUGCUGAACCAAAGAUUUCCGGAGCUGGGUCUGGCCGAGGCAGACCUGUCGGAGAUGAGUUGGGUCGAGUCGGCGGCGUACUUCGCCGGACUGAGCACGGCGGACGACCUGCCGAACCGGCGCCUACAAGCAAAGCAAUACUCCAAGGCCAAGUCGGACUACGUGCAGACGGCGAUCUCGAUGGGCGACAUGGUCGAGAUCGUCCGGUACCUGUCGACCGGGCCGACCGGGUCCAUCCAGCUAGACCCUUACGGCGGAGCCAUGGCGCGGAUAGGGAGAGGCGAAACGCCGUUUCCGCACCGGGCCGGAAUCCUGUACAGCAUCCAGUACGGCGUGAACUGGGACAGGUCGCAAGAACCUCGCGCGGAGGAAUACAUCGGGUGGCUGAGGUCGUUCUACGGGUAUAUGGCCCCGUAUGUGUCCACGGAUCCCCGCGCCGCGUACGUCAACUACCUGGACCUCGAUCUCGGCGUGAACAACUGGACGCGCAGCGCCGGCGGGUCGUCGGCGGGAGCGGUAGCUCGCGCGAGGUCGUCAUUUGGGGCGGCGUACUUCGGGGAGAACUUCGGCCGGCUCGUCCGGGCGAAGACGAAGGUCGACCCCGGCAACGUGUUUAACAACGCGCAGAGCAUCCCUCCCCUCGCACUCGCAGUGAUAAGUCUCCACAAGUCAAAGUGAUGCUUUUGAAAUCGCAAAACUGGUUCGAGAAGAUGCCCAAUGUACUGAAUAAAACAUGAUGGGGUUUACUUUA